AUGCAUUCUGUGAAGGGUGGUCGUCGAGGAUUAAAGUCAAACGAUUUCAUCAGCCAAUUACCGGACGAUGUUCUUCUUGUGAUAAUAUCUCUUUUGUCACUCAAGGAUGCAGUGGUCACUGGCAGUCUCUCCAGAAGAUGGAGAUUCUUGUGGUGUAAGUUACACAAAUUGGAAUUCGAUGCUGGUGAAACAUUAAAUGAUAUCGUUACAGAUCGGAAGCUUCUUCGUGAAGCACGGUUUAUGUUCUUCAAACAGGUCAACGAUGUAAUCGAAAGUUACAACCAACCUGUAAUUCAACACUUUCGGAUUCGUUUCGAUUUGUGUGCAGGUAAUGCAGAAGUUAUUGAUAAGUGGCUCCAAUUCGCAGCAGACAAGAGAGUUGAAAUGCUUGAAUUGGAUUUUAUGAAGCACGGGAUUAAGAUUCGUGAUCCUUGUUUUAAUUAUAAUUUCCCAUUACGAUUAUCAGAUAGAAACAUAGAGCACCUUUUCGAAUGGCCAUCAUCAGCUGUUGCAGUUGUGAAGCUAAUUUCUCUGAAAAAGCUCGUCUUGAAGAGCGUUAACGUGAGUAAUGCAAUCUUAGAGGAACUUCUUGUAAAUUCUCCACAACUUGAAAUGCUUUGUAUCCAUCGCUCCCUGUACAUGAUGCAUGUUGAAAUUGGUGGAAAAGCUCUUAACUUGAAACACUUAGAAAUAACAAACUGUUGUGAGGUUGAAGCUAUUUAUUUAUAUGAUUUUAACCUUAUAACAUUCAUCUACAACGGUCAAGCCAUAGAUUUAGGUCUCACUGAUCUUCCAAAUCUCAAAGAACUGGAUAUCGGUCCAGGACUUGCAAGGUUAAAACCUAAUGUGUUUGGGAAAAUAUCAACUUGUUUUUCAUACAUUCAAGCUCUUUCAUUGAAAAUAGGACAACCAAAGCAAAGUUUAAUCCUUGCUUCCAUUCCUGAACUACCAAAUGUCAAAAACCUGAGGUUGACAAUUGGAGCUCAUGAAGAUGAUUCCCUGCUAGAGGUCGCUUCACUAGCCAACUCAUGUCCAAGUUUGGAGGCUUUUCUGAUUAAGCUCUUAUGGAUUUCACCGAUCAAAAGGAGAAGGGAUAUAAGGCGUGGUGCUACUCGACCCCAUGAACACCUGAAGCUAGUUGAGAUUCAUGGGUAUUAUGGCCGAGGGAGUGAUCUUGAACUUGUGGCUUACUUCAUAGACAAUGCUGUGGCGCUGAAAGAAAUUUUGAUAGAUUCUCGGUGCCAGGCUCGGAAGGGAACUCCAACAUCAGUGAGGUUCUCCAACAUGAAUGAGAAAGCUGCUCGACAUUCUGCCAAGCGACAAAUCCAAUCAAUAACGCCACGUGGCGUUAAAUUGGUGAUUCUUUGA